CACGACACUUAUCGCUGCGUAUCGCAGCUUCCACCAGAAUGCCUGACGAUUCCAAAUCAAAAGGCUUCCCCGAUAUAUCCGCCAAACUUUCCGCGCUCCCCAAGAAAUCCGUCUUCGAACGCCAGAAAGCCGAAGCAGAGGCAAAGCGUGCCCGCGAACAAGCCGAGACCGCCGCCGUUUACGAGGACUUUGUCAAGUCAUUCGAAGAUGACAACCAGACACCAGGUCGAUUUCCGACAGAGGGAAGGGUGAAUAAGCCGGGGAAUUUCAAUAAUAAUAGGAAUUCGGGGUUUGGAGGUCCUGCAAAACGACAUUUCACCAGCUCCGGUCCGCGCAGUAGCGGUCCCGGGACUCUGGGACCACCUCCGCCGUCGCUUUCUCGAAAACGCACGCACGAUGGAUUUCCUUCCUCUCAGCUGAAUCGGGACUCAGGGUCUGGGGUUUUGGGAUUUGGUAAUACGAGUACCGGACCGGCUGCGGCAUUUGGUGCUUCGGACGACGAGGAGGAAAGGACUACAGAUGCGAAGGAGGCUGAGAGGGCGGCUGCUAAGCCUACGUUGUAUCUGGCAUCUUUACCUCCUGGGACGUCUCCGUCGGUGAUUAAGUCGUUGAUUCCGUCGACUUUGGUUGUUGAUGGUGUCAAGAUUCUACGACCGCCCAGUCAAUCAUCGACGGAUCGAAAAUCGGUGUCCGCUAUUGUGACUCUGGUGAAUGAGUCUGCAGCGUCGGAUAUAGACAGCGCUGUUAGCGCACUUCAGAAUAAAUAUCUAGGCUGGGGGUACAAUCUCUCUAUCACUCGCCAUCUCUCUUCAGCCGCAAUCAGCUCCUCUAUGCCAGUGACUAUCGGUCUGUCAUCGACAACAUCCCUUCCAUUCGGCGCCAAAAACAUCCCACAAAACCCUGGGGGAAGUCUGAGUCGUGCCCCGCCGCCUGGUUCUCGUGGAUUCGCUCCUCCGUCUUCAUAUGGCCCAGCAUACGGUAGAGGUGGGCCGUCAACACGGGUCGAAGUGAAAACACCAUCAGACCUAAAACAACUCAAAUUGAUUCACAAGACUUUGGAGAACUUGCUGGACUUUGGCCCGGAAUUCGAAGCACUACUCAUGAGCAGACCGGAAGUACAAAGAGAGGAGAAAUGGGCCUGGCUCUGGGAUCCCAGGAGCCCUGGUGGUGUUUACUAUCGAUGGAAGCUAUGGGAGAUCCUAACUAACACCCAGUCCAGAGAGGCUAGGCGAAGGACUUCCGAGAAAGCCUCAAUGAUCUUCGAAGAUGGGCCGAGCUGGCUCCUUCCGGAGACGAAUACCAAAUUCGAAUAUACCACCCGCAUGGACGAGUUUGUCUCGGAUGAGGACUACAAUUCCUCUGACGAGGAACACUCUGAUACAGAAGAAGACAGGCGGAACGCUGGUAGCGCACCAUCAGCUGAUGGAUUAGGCGGUGCCAACGAAGGAUCGGGUUACAUGAAUCCUCUUCAAAAAGCCAAGUUAACGCAUCUUCUUGCUCGACUACCUACAACCCAUGCAAAGUUACGGAAAGGCGAUGUUGCACGUAUCACAGCAUUUGCGAUCGAACACGCGGGAGCGGGUGCCGAUGAAGUUGUCCAAAUGAUUGUUUCCAACAUCCUCAGUCCUCUUGCUUACACAGGAGCGAACCCGGAUCGUGAAAUCGAAAAGGACAUUGCAAGAGGGGAGGACCUUAACGAUGACAACGGAUCGAACGAGAAACCGACUCAAACUCGACCGUUAUCCUCCAAAGUGGAUACAUCGGCUGCUAAGCUUGUUGGCUUGUACCUUAUUUCUGAUAUCCUCUCAUCUUCAGCUACUAGCGGCGUCCGGCACGCAUGGAGAUACAGACAACUCUUCGAAUCAGCACUCAAAUCAAAUCAAGUUUUUGAGCAUCUUGGGCAACUGGAGAAAGAUCUGAAAUGGGGUCGACUCAAGGCAGAGAAGUGGAAACGAAGCAUUGAAAACCUCUUACACCUGUGGGAAGGAUGGUGUGUUUUCCCUCAGGGAAGCCAAGAACACUUCGCACAAGUAUUCGAUAAACCACCGCUUACCGAAGAAGAGCAACGCGAGGAAAGAGAGAAAGCAGAGGCUGAACGGGCUUCCAACGCAUUUGCCAAGGGGAAGAGUAGGUGGAAGAGUCUUGAUGAGGAGGCGGCAGCAGCAACAGGGAAAUUUGACCCCAGUCGACCUCCCGUCAUGGACCCGACCCGGAUGGAUAUCGACCAGGAACGGGUUACUUCUACUAGCCAGGCGGACUUUGAUGGGGAGUUGAUGAGUGACAUUGACGGUGUUCCCAUGGAGGACAGUGAUCUGGAGGAAGAAGCACCAGACGGCGAACCUAUGGAAGAUGAGCCGCCGGAUCAGAAGGGAGAGGGGUCUGAGGAUAAGCCAUUUGAGCAGCAAGAGCCAGCACCGGAACCUCAGCGUCCUGCGCGAAAGCCACGACCCAAGGCAGAGGACAUGUUCGCAGACUCUGACCCAGAAUAGUUGUAGUAUUCUAUUAUAUUGGGCGGAUCAUGAGAAUAAUGAUAGUUUAUAUUUCACAUCCUAUACGGCAGCUAACCAUGCUUUUCUAGAAUGUUGUAACCCUGUUGGGCGGCGCUUCUUUUCUGCCCCACAAUUCCGCCAAAUACAAUCACUGCCUCUCCUCUCUUUUCUCUUCUCCCCCUCUCAUUUCG